AGUUUAAGGAGAUCAUCAUGGAUUAGAAAUGAGCAGUCUUCAUUUUGGAUUUAGAAUACAUGUAAUCAAUGUAUUAUUUUGGAAUUUAAUUGUAAAGUUACAUGAGUGCAGGAUAAAAAUAAUAAUAUUGCUUGACUUUUGUUAUCAGGAGAAUGAAAAGCAGUCUAUAUUGGUGAGUAUACUGUAUAUGUGGGGAAAUCUAUUACUGAAGCAACAAGUCAAGGAAGUAUCCAUUUAGGUUGUCUGUUCUUUGUGAUUUCAUCAAUUUAACUUAUAUGAAAGCUACAGUAGGAAGAUUUGCUCCUUUUCUUCAAACAUUGACAGCACAUCUUUACCAUCUACCAGGACCAUGGAAAACUCUACUCACUUUAAGGUCUUUAGGCUUGCUGCAUACGGUGAUAUCGGACAAUUGAAGUAUUUCUACUUUGCUGUAGUAACUGUAUUAUAUCUUGUCAUCAUUCUUGCCAAUGCUUUACUUAUUGGAGUUAUCUGCAUUGAAAGAAGCCUUCAUGAACCCAUGUAUCUGUUUCUAUGUGCUUUGUUUGUUAAUCAGUUGUAUGGGAGCACUGGUUUGUUUCCUGCUUUCAUGUUUUACUUGCUGUCUGACACACAAUAUAUUUCCCUUCUUUAUUGUUAUCUCCAGAUUUAUGUGUUGUACACAUGUGCUCUAACAGAAUUUAGUAAUUUAGCAGUUAUGUCCUAUGACAGGUACAUCUCCAUUUGUUAUCCUCUACAGUAUAAUAAUAUUAUGACACCUAAAACCAUUUGUGGCUUAAUUCUACUGUCCUGCUUGUCUUCUUUUUUUCUCAUGGCCAUCAUUAUCUCCCUGAGUUUGCGACUGCAAUUUUGUGGUAACGUUCUAGACAGACUGUAUUGUGACAACUACUCGAUAGUCAAGCUUGCCUGUUCAAAUACUAUGCUGAAUAACAUAUGGGGUCUUGUUGUCACUGUGCUUUUUAUUUCUUGUACUAUAUUUCCUACCAUAUACUCAUAUGUAAGAAUUCUACAGAUAUGUUUAAAGUCUUCUAAAGAGACAAAACAGAAAGCAUUUAACACCUGUAUACCACAUAUAGCCUCUUUGCUGAACUUCUUAUUUGGCUGGUUAUUUGUGAUUCUACAAGGCAGAUAUGAAACUGCAGAUCUUUCACCUAUAUUUCGCACUAUUUUAUUAGUUUAUUUUCUGAUAUGUCCACCAAUUUUCAACCCUUUAAUGUAUGGUGUUCGGAUGGUUAAAAUCAGGCAUGCUUGUAACAAGGUACUAGGCCUUAACCCUGAAACAUAACCU